AUGAAGAUUUGUACCAGGGAGCCUGUGCUUAAAGAGAAGUCCCGAGGUGAAGUGCUGCUUUUGCAUGGGCAGAAAUUCACAUCAGAGACUUGGGAGGCAAAGUGCCCCACCCUACAAUUCCUCGGGGCAGCUGGAUACCGUGCGGUUGCAGUCGACCUCCCAAACUUUGGUGACAGUACAAAAGUGGAUGUGGCUGAUGAAAAGAGGGGUUCAUUUAUAGCCGAGCUAAUCAAAGCAUUGAAACUGACAAGUCCGGUAAUCAUAAGUCCCUCGAUGAGCGGGAGCUUCUCUCUGCCUUUCCUGUUUGACCAGCCUGAUACAAUGCCUCCUAGGGCCAGAGGAUUCGUCCCAGUAGCACCGGUACAAACUGGGGCAUAUUCUUCAAAAUUCAGUGUUUCAAAGAUUAAAACUGCCAUAGUUACAGGGGACAAAGAUACAGUGAUCGGGCCGGCAGCAAGGAAGAACCUGGCAGCCCUGCCGAACGCAAAGGAUUUUCUGAUGGAGAACGCUGGACACCCUGCGUAUCUUAGUGACCCAGAUAUGUGGCACACUAUUCUGUUUACAUUUCUUCAUGCAGUUUUCAAAUAGAAAAAGCAUAAGAAAAACAAAUAAACCAUUUUUAAUGUAAAAAUCAUCAUGACAACACUUUAAUUAAACCUUCACACAGUGUUCCAGCAAAGAUCUAUAAAAAGUAGAAGUGACAAUGGAACACUGGAUCUAGACAUCAAGUACCAUAUAAUUGUGUUGCCUGCAGAGCUGGCGGACACUUAGGGAUUACUUUUUCCGUCAUCAUGUGUCAGGGGCAUUGGUACUUAAGUUUUCAGGACUUUGUUCAGUUAUGCUUUGAGUCAUCAAAAUGAAAUUUAGUAUAUGGCUUCUUGUUGGAAGAGCACAGAUUAAGUUCAAUUUCAGGCUGUCUUCUUGGCAGAGAAAUGCCCCUUUGAACAUAGAAAAUUCUCUGAGAAUAUUGUUUUCUGGACUUUCUUUGGGUUAUCUUUGAGUUAUAGAAAUGAAAUUUGGUAUAUGGCUUCUUGUUGGAAGGGUACAGAUUAGUUAUGAUUCUUGUCUGUCUGUGACCCUUCUUUACAGAGUUAUGCUCUUUGAAAAUUCUUUGAGAAUAUGGUAUUUUUGUACUUUUCUUGAUUAUGCUUAGAGUUUUUUAAAUGAAAUAUGAGAAAUGGCUUCAUGGUCGACCAUUACAGAUAAGGUUCGAUUCACAGCUUUCUUGGCAGAGUUAUGCUCAGUUGAACUUGGAAAAUUUUCACACUUAUGAUCAAGUUAUCAAAAUGCAAUUUUGUAUACCAGUUCUUGGUCAAAAGUUAUGCACCGAGUUCGCUUCUUGGCAGUCUGUAACCCUUCUUGGCAAUGAUAUGUUCCUUUGAACUUGGAAAAUUUCUCAGGAAUAUUGCUUUGCGCAGUUUUCCCUUUAUGCUUCGAGUUAAAGAAAUGAUUUGGUAUUACAACUUUAUGGUUGAACGUUGCACAUACAGUUCUUGGUGACUGUGACGCUUUAUUUCAGGCGACACACACAGUUCUGGGUGACUGUGACGCUUUAUUUCAGGCGACACAUCCAGUUCUUGGUGACUGUGACGCUUUAUUUCAGGCGACACAUACAGUUCUGGGUGACUGUGACGCUUUAUUUCAGGUGACACAUACAGUUCUUGGUGACUGUGACGCUUUAUUUCAGGCGACACAUACAGUUCUGGGUGACUGUGACGCUUUAUUUCAGGCGACACAUACAGUUCUGGGUGACUGUGACGCUUUAUUUCAGGCGACACAUCCAGUUCUUGGUGACUGUGACGCUUUAUUUCAGGCGACACAUACAGUUCUGGGUGACUGUGACGCUUUAUUUCAGGCGACACAUACAGUUCUGGGUGACUGUGACGCUUUAUUUCAGGCGACACAUACAGUUCUGGGUGACUGUGACGCUUUAUUUCAGCCGACACAUACAGUUCUGGGUGACUGUGACGCUUUAUUUCAGGCGACACAUACAGUUCUGGGUGACUGUGACGCUUUAUUUCAGGCGACACAUACAGUUCCGAGGUACUCUUGUAAAUAUGAAUGCUCUGUUGUUUUGCUAAUGCAGUUUGAAUAUCAGACAUCAGUGAUAUACAGAGUUUACAAUGUGUUUAUAAUGAAUUUAUAGAGUGAUGAAUGCAUAUAUGGAUGUAUGGACUCAGUGAGUACUAAACUUUAUAUAAUGGUGUGGUUGGUGAUAUUUAUAUGGGGUUUAUGUGUGUUAUGUAACUUAUAUGGUUGGUUUCAUUAUUCAGGAUAUAUAUUUUAACUAUAAGAUUAUACAUAUUGAUUCAGAAGUGCCUUGUGAUUAAGCACAUUAGUAAUGUACAAUGUAUGUAGACAAAUAGUUUGGUGGAUUUUCAAUAAUCUGGGUUGUUUUAAGAUGUCAGAACAAAAGACGACGAAAUCCAACUUUAACUAAAAAUGAACAAGGUUAUUUCAUGUCCAGAAGUAGUGCAUGUAGCACCACCAGCCCAUACAAUUUGAUCAUAUCCAAGGACAAGCUUGAUAUGUAUUUUUAUUUCUGUAUCUGUUUAAAUGGAACUGGUUAUUUGUUCUGAUAAUUGUAGUCAACCACAUCACAUAUAUAUGGAGUGGUUACUCUAAUUUAGAUAAUAUUAGAUUGGAGUAAACCUUGGCCUAGUUAUGUUAUGGUGAUGUAGUGUAUUAUUGUUUAAUAUCUGUUUUGGGUGGAGUCAUCACUUAAUAACCACUGGCGAUGAUUUUACAAUGAGUAAAUGUCCUAGAAAGAUGAUGGGGUUCACCUUUAUGCCAGCAGUUUUAAGGUGCAUAGCUGUACUAUACAAUAGAAUAAAUCCAUAUUUAGGUGAUAUGUCUAUGUGAUAGAUUUCACCUGAUGUGAUAUGUCUGUAGGGAUCAAGCUUGCAUUUACACAAUAGUUUUAUUUUGUAUAAACUGUUCACAAUUUGUCCAUAGUACAAACUUUGACAGAUGUACAAAAAACUUGGAGCUAAAUGAAGAUCUUUUUAAAAAAAGAUCAGAAAUGUCUUUCUCAUCAUGAAACGAUAUAUUUAUUCUCACUUAUUAUGAAACAAUCUAUUGCUUCUGUUGAAUUUUAUUUCAAUGAUUUCUAAAUUUGUGGUUUUAUUGAAUUCUCUGUAAUGCCAAAAAUAGAAACAUUGGAGACAGUACAUUUUACAGUAUAUAGAAGUUGGAAUUUUUGGAGCUGGCUACAUUGUAUGUAUGGUGUGUUCUAUAGUAGAUAAAUCUUUUAUUGUGUUAUUUAAGUAGUAAUAUAAUGCAUUUGCAUAUUUAAUCAUUUUGUUGUUGUAUCUAUUAAUGUGUGCAUUGAAAUGAAAUAGCCUGUGAGCUCAUUUAAAUCUUAAAUCGUUUUUAUCCAACGUCUGUCUGUCCUUUAUCAUUACAAUUUUAUCAUUUUUCACUUCACAAAAUGGAAUAUAUUAGAGUUGAAAAUGAAUGCCAGUUAUAAAGCAUUUAAAGAUUGUGCUUCCAUCACUAUCUAUGUUCACCAGGCAGGACUACGUUAAGAGAACUUUGCACUCGUUGAUGCAUGCGUUAUCAAUUGUUGGUCUUUGUCGGUAGGUAAAAGAAAUAUCAUUGAUGUCCGCUGAUAUACUGGUCGUCAAACCAGUUAGAUAAAUUAAACAUAGAAGGAAUAUCAGUGAUGUCCGCUGAUAUACUGGACGUCAAACCAGUUAGAUAAAUUAAACAUAGAAGGAAUAUCAGUUGAACAUUUACUGCCCUUUUGCAUAUAGUUGGAAAUAAACUUUUUCUUUUCAUGGUUGGAUUUGAUAUUUUUUACAAUAUGUAGAAAAGAAUAAAUGUGAAUGUUA